GUUUGGCGAUAAGGAGGAGACAGGCCAUCUCUUUCUUCACUGCCCCUUAUCCUCACCUCUUGGGUGUUAAGGCCUUUCCUCUAAAACCCUUCUUCCUCCUCCUCCUCCUCCUCCUCCUCCUCCUCUUCUUGAAUCUCUUCCUUUCAUCUCCUUGAGAUUCAGUAAUGGCUUCUACUUCAGCAACUUCCAUUUUGAAGCCUUUAUCCAAGCCAGAUUCCUGCUUUCUCUCUUUGCCUUCUCUAUUCACCGGCAGACCCCCACACACUUUCCUCUCUUUCCCUUCAAAAUUCAUCCCCUUCAAUCUUUCCUCUUCUCAUACUUCACUCUUUUCCUCUUCAAAGAAGAAAACCCAUCUUCCCUCUGUAGCUCAGACUUCCGACUGGGCUCAAGAAGACGACACCAUCACCAUUGACCCAAAACUCGGCGACGACGAAGCAGCCGAAGAAGGUCCUCAUUGGGAAAAUCAAGAGCUCAGUGAAACUGAGUCUCGUAUUUCUGAUUGGGAAGGUGAAGCUGAAGGUGAAGAUGAUGGAGGAAGUGAGGCCGAAGGAGAUGAGGAAGAAGGCCCUUAUGAAGAGCCAAAUGAAGAUGCUAAAUUGUUUGUUGGGAAUUUGCCUUAUGAUGUUGAUAGUCAAAAGUUAGCAAUGCUUUUUGAGAAGGCUGGGACUGUGGAAAUUGCUGAGGUUAUUUACAACAGAGAAACAGAUCAGAGUCGUGGUUUUGGCUUCGUGACAAUGAGUACUGUUGAAGAAGCUGAAAAAGCUGUGGAUACAUUCAACCGUUAUGAGUUAUCAGGGAGGCUGUUGACUGUUAAUAAGGCUGCCCCGAGAGGUUCAAGGCCAGAACGACAACCUCGAACAUUUCAACCCGCUUUCAGAAUCUAUGUGGGCAAUCUUCCAUGGGAUGUGGACAAUGCACGCCUGGAGCAGGUCUUUAGUGAACAUGGUAAAGUAGUAGAGGCCCGGGUUCUUUACGACCGGGACAGUGGCCGUUCUCGUGGCUUUGGCUUUGUGACCAUGGCUGAUGAAACUGGAAUGAAUGAUGCCAUUGCUGCUCUGGAUGGACAGAGUCUAGAAGGAAGGGCGAUCAGAGUAAACGUUGCAGAGGAAAGACCAAGGCGCAACUUCUGAACUGAACCAAGAUGAAUUCAAGGCCCUUUUUUUCCUCUUGUUCUAUGUUACUUUCAUUUUUCCUUUUUGUUUCCCAGAAAAUGUAGGUGAGUUUUGUAGUGCAAUUGUUUAGCCACCUUAUUACAGUGUAAUUUGAUGUCUUUUAUGCUUCUAAAAUUUCAAGUCUGUUAUUAAUUUGGAUGAUGUGUGAGUUACAAGUUCCGCAA